CACACUUCUUCCCACCUCCGCCUCAUUCACCAAUAAAUACUCUCUUACUUCCUGAAAAUAGAGGAAAUGGAUGCCAAGAUGAUGCGCGAGUCUGCAGCAAAUCAAAGUGAAGACGACAUGUGCGUCAGGAAAGGUCCAUGGACCGUUGAAGAGGACACCAUUCUCGCCAACUACGUAGCCGCUCACGGUGAAGGUCAGUGGAAUUUCGUCGCUCGCUGUGCAGGUUUGAAUAGAACGGGCAAAAGUUGCAGAUUGAGAUGGCUAAACUACUUGCGUCCUGAUGUUCGGCGUGGAAAUAUCACCCUCCAGGAACAGCUAUUGAUUCUCGAUCUCCAUUCUCGCUGGGGAAAUAGGUGGUCUAAAAUUGCGGAGCAUUUGCCAGGAAGAACAGACAAUGAGAUAAAAAAUUACUGGAGAACCAGAGUGAUAAAGCAGGCGAAGCAGCUCAAGUGUGACGUCAACAGCAAACAGUUCAGGGAUACCAUGCAAUAUGUUUGGAUUCCCCGCUUGCUGGAGCGGAUUCCGGCCUCGUCCGAAGAACAACACGGGCCGGGAACAGAGUGGAGAAAACCCAAUUACUCUUGCAGCCCUCUGUGUCCAGGAUCGGAGCUCCAAGUCACGUCGAGUUCAGACGACAGUGAAAGAACGGGUCAUCCAAUAGGAAACGGGUCCGUGAGCCAGACAAUAGAGCAGGGAGACUCGCUGGAGAAUAUAUGGAGCGAUGAGAAUAAAUGGUUUUUACAAGAACAGCUUCGCGAUGAAGUGUUCUGAGGGCUGCAGUGUCGUAAUUUUCUUUUUGAGCAAUAAAACGCACCCUAGUGUUGUAAAUCUAUAAUCUACUGCGCUCUUGUUGCAUUUCCAUGGGAGAGGGUUUUUUUUGCUGUGAUAUUCUUCCACGUAGUUACAGUGCCUGUUCAGGUUACGAAUUGCAUCGUGGUAGCCUACAGUGUUUUACUAGUUUACUCAAAUUCUAGUUGUCCAUACAAUUAUAGCAAUGAUUUCAUGCAGCAGGGGAGUUUGGCCCUUAAGCCCUCAAGGCGUUGUUAAACGGCCAUCCCCUCUGUUAAAUAAUAGAAUAUAUAGAAAAGGCUAAAACAGACAAAACCAACACGUCAACAAAAUUU